AUGAAACUUCGACUUCUUACCUGGAUGCCUUGUCUGUCAGCAGCUCUAGCUGCAUCGGCAUCUGAGUCGCAUUCUGAUGUCUGCGGCCGCUUUCCAAACUCAAUGCAGGAGUUCACAGGUGGCUUUGAGCAGCCAAAGCCCCCUAUGGUGAAAUCUGAGUUUCAGACGAGCUUCAUCCAGCACAAAUGGAACCAGAAUCUCUCGCAUAUAGCUUCGGGUUAUAUAUACUUCUCCCCGUCGAAAAAGCUUGUUCGUGCCGAUGAGGCUUACGAAGGGGGUCUGGCCACUUCGGUUUUCGACUACGCGAACACGACUCAAGAAGGCCUGGUGAUGAACACAGUUACCUCCCGCAAAGCUGGCAGCACCGAGUCCCAGAUGUGGAGUGGCUAUGUUCUGUCCAACUAUCCUCUUUUCGCAAGUGAUUUUCUGAUCCAAGGCGAGGCUGUAUUUGGCGGUCUGGUGAAGAGAAACUUGCGGCAGAGCCAUGUUGCAUCUUGGAACAUUAUGUUCAUGGGAUCGAUUCCCGUUACUGUUUUCGUGGACGCAUGCGGCGUACUUGCUGGAUACGACUACUUUUCCCCCGGUUUACGUACCAGAGUGACCACCGACUUUUUUAAUACAAUUGUGGGCCCCGUCAACGUGUGA